GACUAACCCCCCUCUCAUAUAAAACUCCCCACCAUCCCCCUAAAAAGUCCAUUCCAUCCAUCCCAUCUCAUCCCAUCUCUCUCUCCUCAAAUCAAACUCCUUUAACCCAAAAAAAAAAAAAAAAAAACCAACAAAAAUGCCAAAAUCCUCCGUCUUACUCCACCGCAUAACCACCACAACACCCACCCACCCAAACACAACCUCCCCAUUCUCUCACCUCCACCACCACAACAACAACCACACCCACAACCACAACCACAAUCACAAACCAUUCUAUGUCCCAGACGACGUCGUUCGUUACCACUCUCAACACGUAAACUCCAUCCAUCAAUGUUCUUCCGCUGUCAUCCAAGAAAUCUCCGCCCCAAUCUCCUCCGUAUGGUCCGUCGUUCGCCGCUUCGACGCUCCUCAACUCUACAAACACUUCGUACGAAGCUGUGACGUCAUCUCCGGCGACGGUGACGUAGGCACUCUCCGACGUGUUCGUGUAGUUUCAGGUUUACCUGCUGCUACCUCCGAUGAAAGGUUGGAAAUACUUGAUGAUAACCGACACGUCAUCUCGUUUUCCGUUGUUGGUGGGGACCAUCGUUUGUCGAAUUAUAGGUCUGUUACUUCUUUGCAUCCUUCUGUUGAUGAAGUCGGUGAUGAAUCUACGAUUGUUGUUGAAUCUUACGUUGUUGAUACACCUGCUGGAAAUACUAAGGAAGAAACUUGUGUUUUUGUUGAUACUAUUGUUAGAUGUAAUCUUCAAUCUUUGGCUCAGAUUGCUGAGAAUUUAGCUAGACGAGAGAAAACCAUCAACAAAUAAUCAUACUCUUUCUUCCCGCUUAAUAUGGAUCUUAAAUAUCGUAGGCGAAUAGUUUAUCAUACACCCAGAUGUACCGUGCGAUUUCGAGGUGUAUGAUCAAUGAACUCUAUUUUUGUUCAUUCUUUUUUUUUUUUUUUUGUUCCCCUCUUUCUCUAGUUGUUGUUGUUCAUUCAGAGAGAAAGUUGGUUUUGUUGUUUGGGUUUUUAUGGAAUCUCGAGGAAGAUGAACGACGUUGAACUGUUGAAGUGGUGAUUAUAUAUAAUUUUUUUUUUUGUUAUCUUAUGUUAAUUACUACUUUAUUAUGAUUUCACCGUUUUUCUUAUAUAUAUAUCUUGAUACUGGGUUUGUUUUUGUUGUAUUUAAA